AUGUACAUACCAGAAAAGCUGGGCCUCCUUAGCGCCCGCGAUCAACCUCCCGGCCACAAAACACCGGCGGUGCUCGGCGUCACCACCCCAAUUGUCGGCGUCUUCGCCGCGGCCCUGGGAUAUCUCUGCUGGCGCAAGAAGAAGCGGCGACGCAGGUCGAGGCGUAGCAGUCGCCACGAUGGCGAUUUUGGGCCUGUCGUCAGCGCCAACGGCUUCAUCCUAGGCGACGUCUGGGACGACGGAGGAGGGUUCGACCCGGACCCGAGGAGAAGAGCCCGGGGUCCAUCUGCGCCAGACACGUUUAUCCGCGGCGACGUGUGGGACGACGGCGGAGGGUUCGACCCUGACCCGCGCAGGAGGAACGCAAACCUCGGCCCCAGCAACCACGGCGCCGAAGUCCUCCUAGACGACGUGUGGAACGAGGGCGAGUCGGACGGGCAUGUGGAUGUGCACCCCAGCAGGCGCGAUCGCCUGCACAGCACCAGACCCCCUCGACGACGCAGCACAGAAGACCGCCGCCCCCGGCGCCGCCACCACCGCGACGGACCAUCCCGCCGGCGACACAACUCAGUCGACGACGUGCGCCGCAACAGGAGACACCGCCGACGCCGACGCCGCAGCACAAAUGACGAGGGUGGCGGCGGCGGCGAUCGACAUGAGCGGAUCCAAGGCGACGUGUGGAACGAAGGCGAGGCGCAGGGGCAUGUGGACCGCGAUCCGGGCGGACGGGAGCCUUCCAUCGCGCACAGCGUCACGGGCAACAGCCAUGUGUUUGGCACCGACGACAUUGACGAUCGGAGCUUCCGCACUGCCACUGUAAGCGUCGACGAGCCCUCCGAUAUGCCGACGUAUCCAGCACGAGCCCACCUCCCCGACGUGCCGGCCAAUCUCAACGAUGAUUUGUUCAGUGAGGACGGCAGCGAGAUAGGCGCGGCCGAGGGGAACCGGCUCGCCCUGGAGCUGAGGUUGGCUCUGCAUGGAGCAGCCCUCAGCACAUAG